UUGUUGUUGUAGCUAUCAGUAUAUAUAACCGUUUUACAAACGAAAUCUUCUCUGAUGCGACUUUAAGAUUUUUUUGACACUGAUAUUUACCAGAAAAAAAAUCUAUCACGUGGACAUGGAGAGAUGUAAAAGUAUGAGGUAACGGAACUUUGCAUUAGCCUCUGAUCACAGAGGAUUACGUAUUCUGAUCAAGGAAUGCAAUUCCACACCCUUAAGUAACCAGUCCUGAUUAGUGGAGAAUAAUAAGCAUUGGCUACAGCCUACGAGUAAUUAAGCCAUGCAAGGAAUCAAAUUAUCUCAUCUCUCGGUCAUUAACUAUAUUAUAUAGAAGCUAAUUCAAGUUCUCUAGCUAUCAACAUUCAACCCCAUCAUCCUCAUAUUACAGAAAAAAGAUCGAGGAGAGAGUGUUGCAGUAAAAAUUAAUGGCAAAUAAUGAUCGCAGAGAAAGCAGAAAGAAGCAAGUGAUAGCAAUAGUUGGAGCUGGAAUCAGCGGCCUUUUAGCCUGCAAGUACACACUUUCAAAAGGUUUUGAUCCAAUUGUAUUUGAGUCCGAGAAUAGCAUUGGAGGUGUAUGGACUAAGACAAUUGGGAGUACCAAGCUGCAUACACCAAAACCUCUUUACCAGUUCUCUGAUUUUCCAUGGCCUGAUUCUGUAACCGAUGUGUUCCCCGACCAACGCACCGUUUUAGAGUACAUUGAAUCAUACGCUCGUCAUUUUGAUUUGCUCUGUCACAUUCAGUUCAAUAGCAAAGUGUUGAGCCUCAGCUAUGAAUCUGGUGGUGACUCCAAUGGAGAAUGGGAUUUGUGGUGUGGCACCGGCGAGCCUUUUAGCUCUAAGGGGAAAUGGAACGUAACUGUACAGGACACUCGAACCCUCGACACACAGGUAUACGAAGCUGAUUUUGUAGUAGUUUGCAUGGAAGGUUCAGUCACGUUCCAAAAAUCCCUGAAUUCCCUCCAAACAAAGGACCCCAAGAUUUUGAAGGUGAAGUAAUCCAUUCAAUGGACUAUUCCAAAAUGGACUCAACAACUGCAACCAACUUUGUCAAAGGAAAACAUGUAACCGUCGUUGGGUACAAGAAAUCAGGAAUGGACAUUGCCAUGGAAUGCUCUGCAC